AUGGCUGGUAAAAGAAAGAGAGGAGGCAAAGAUGGUGCCAGCAAUGGGCCAGAAGGCUCCAAGAAGGCCAAAAAGGACAUGAAGUCUAUCAAUUUUGCCUCCCAACCGGACCUGGAAAAAAAGCGGUUUGUCGAAAUGCCCACUGGCGACGAUCGAAAGCGAGAAGCAGAUCUUUAUGAGAUGCUGGGAAGCGAAGACGAAAACGAUAGAUUCCAGGCGGCCGAUUGUAUCAUUUCGAGUCUCUUCGGCGGCGAAGGGUCUUCCGAAGCUGUCCUCCAACGACAUCUUGAUCGACGGUUGUUUCGAGGUCUUGCGAGUGGUCGCAAUGCUUCUCGUAUUGGAUUCAGCCUGGUGAUCACAGAGAUGCUGGAUCAACUAUUUGGCAAAGAAAACCUAUCCAAGACGAAAUACAUUGGAUUGUCAUUUGACAAGGUUCUUGGCCUUCUGGUUGACAAGACUCAAGCCGUGGGCAAUAUCCCCGGGCAGGAGGAGCGAGACCAUUAUUUUGGCCAGCUAUUCGGACUCGAGUGCUUUGUUAAGUCCAAAACACUGUUCAAGGAUGUUUCAAGAUGGAAGUCUGUAUUCAACUUGCUGCUGAAGUUGAGCAAUAAGAAGAGUUGGCUGCGGCCCCAGUGCGGAUGGGUGCUUGUCCAGGCCCUUGAGCAGAUGGAUAAAGCAAACGCGGAGGCAACGCUCUCCAAGCUUGCAGAAGCUGGAUUGGCAAAGACUGCAGAGGGAGUUGCUGCAUGGAUUAUUGUACUGAAUAAGUACCCCAGCGUGAAGCCUCUGCCCUGGAAGAGCCCGUUGUGCAGCAAGUCACUUCCCGAUCUGACGGCAGUUCUGAAAGAGAGUUUCAAGGAAUCAGGGAAGGAUGUGGGAGAAAAAGGCCAGAGUGGUGGUAAGCAGGCGUCUUGGAGUGCUCAAUUGCACUUUGUGUGGGAUCUUAUCUUGGCGCGAUUCCUCAAUGCAGGGCCAGACAAAACCGAUGAAGAUUUUGAACAGUUUUGGAACCGGGUUGUUGAUGAUGGACUCUUUUCCAAACAAGCCACAGAUGGACAAAAGUUCAAGGGAUUCAUGGUCUUCCAGAAAAUGCUCGAGGGAUUCGUCGAGGUGCCAUCGAAACUGGAGGCCCUCUUUAGCCGGAAUUUCAUGACAUGUUUGGUGAACCAAGCUUCGAAAGAGGACCGUUACCUACAUCGAGCCGCCAUAAAAGCCCUGAAGUCAAUUGAAGCUGUGGUGGCAGCUCAUCCAUCGUCUCUGCCCCUUAUUUUGGCCAACCUUCUUGGCAAAAAUGGUAGCUACAGUUUCGAUCAGCGGACAAGCACCAAGACCGUGGACAGACUUUUGCACAGCAUCAACGAAGAAAAUGCGGAAGCCGUCCUGGCUGUUAUUAGACACCCUAUCAAAGGGUUGAAGCAAAAGGAGGCUGCCGAUGCCCAGACCAUUGUUCGAACUUAUGCCGACUACCUCGCAAAGGUCCUGAAUGCAUUUGCAUCCGCACCGUCCAAAGAAGAUGACGCAGCAGAAGUGACUCAAGGGUCAUUUGGACCAGUCCUGCAAGAGCUUGCUGAGUUGGCGUAUACUGUGCCAAAGGGCAUCCCACAGGACGCUCUGACCGACCAAAUUCGAGAAAUGUGCCGCUCCCGCCUCGAAUCAUCACUCGCCAAGCUUGCGCGUUCCAGCAAGGACUUUGCCGUAUUUUGCGAGGCUGUAGCUUCAAUAGACUCUAGCGCGAAAAACAUGUCCCCUGAGAUCAAGGAGGUGAUGCAAGAUGCGCUGUCACGCAUGAGCAAACUUCUAAAAAGGAAGUCAAAGACGCAAAGCGAGAAGGAUGUUGCUCAGGGCCUCGCAAUGCUUCAUGCAAUCUCUAUUUUCCAGCUAUACAACGAAGAUCCAGACGCUAUGGAAGUGUUAGACGACCUAUCUCAAUUCUAUGAUCGACUUCAGCCAUCAAAAUCCAGCAAAAAGGCUGAACCGACAGAGGGAAGCUCAGAAUUAUUGGUUGAAAUUCUCCUGUCAAUGGUUGCUCGACCAUCCUCUCUCAUGAGGCAAGUCUCCCAGCAAGUCUUCGAGGCGUUUACAAGCCAAGUAUCCGCCGAGGGACUGGAACUCCUCACAGGACCUCUGGCCUCAGGGGAGAGCACAAAGGGCCAAAAGGAGCUAUUCAACACUGAUGACGACGCAAUGGAUGCCGACGAAGACGAGGGCUCAGAUGAAGAAGAUGCUGAGGCUGACGAUGUCGAAGACGUCGAGGACGCUUCAGACUUUGAAAUUGACUCCGACAUGGAAUUCGUUGGACUCAACGGCGACGAAGACGGCAGUGAAAACUCCAACCCCAACUCAGACGAUGAACAAGACGCCGAAGAUGAAGACGACUCCCCCAAAAAGAGCAAAGGCGAAUGGAACAACCCCGAAGAACUAGACGACAUUCUCGGCAAGAUUCUCAAAUCCCACCGCCUCGACAAAGAUGUCGACGCCGCCUCGUCCUCAUCCGAAGGCGACAUGUCCGACUCUGAAAUGUUCGCACUAGACGAACACCUCUCCGCCGCCAUCGCACCACGCAUCAAAUCCUCCCAGUCAGACUCCAAAAAGGCCAAAAAGGACGCCAAACAAUCCGUCGUCAACUUCAAACACCGCAUCCUCGACCUCCUAGACAUAUACGUCAAGAACGAGCCCCUCAACAACCUAACAUACAAUCUCCUCAUCCCACUCCUGAACCUCAUGCGAACCACAUCCACAAAGCCCCUCGCCAACAGGGCGUGUGAAAUCAUCCUCACCUAUCAAAAGGGUAUCAAGAAAGCGAGGGCCAGCAAAGAGGACACCGGGGAGGUACACGACGACAUGCUAGGCCUACUGGUGGAAGUGCACGCCGAAGCAGGCAAGGAUAAUUCUCAUGCGUAUGCCAAGGCUGCGAGCGCGGCUAGUUUGAUCGUGGUGUCGAGUAUGUUUGCCGCGGAUAAGGAGGCGAUUCGGGAGGUGGCGGGUGUGUAUGCCUCGACGCAGAGUGAGUGGGUGUUGGGGGGUGUUAAGUUGCAGAAUUCGUUUUUUGCGGAUUGGAAUAAUUGGUGUCAGAAUCAUGCUUCGCAACGGCUGUGA